UUGUUGUCAUUGUUUGCUUGUACAGGCUUUGAUCGCGCUUACCGUCAUGACCAACCCAUGGGCCCUCACAAAUGUGGUCAUCAAUGGUACCCAUAGUCCAAUGCCACGGUCGUGCUGCCGGUCAAGACACUGACCGCUUAGUGUAUUCACAGCUCUAAAUCGUUCAAAAGGGUGCAUGUUUACAAGACUACUAAUCACAAUGCCCGAUAUCGUGCAGGUCGGCUCCAACGUAACCGACAAGCCCUCAUUCAAGAUUGACAUUCCCUCGCUCCAGCAGCGCCUCGCCAACUUGAAGAGGAAGCGGCGCUCCAGCUCUUCUGAGAGCUCCCACCCAGGACGCUCUCAAGUCGAAAAGUCACGAACGGAAGUUGAACCGAAGGAGGAGGAAGAGGGGUCACCAAACCUAGCAGAGGCAAAUCAGGCUGUAUCGGACAGGCCGCGCCUGUAUAUCAGGAUCCGGCGUCCAAAGCCGCAGAUUCAUCCUGUGAAGGACGAAGGUAACACGCCGGAAGUCGAGCCGAAGGCGGAGAAAGAGGAGUCACCAAGCCUGGCAGAAGAAAAUCAGGCUGUAUCGGACGAGCCGCGCCUGUAUAUCAGAAUUCGGCGUCUAAAACCGCAGAUUGAUCCUGUGAAGGACGAAGGUAACACGCCGGAAGUUAAGCCGAAGGCGGAGAAAGAGGAGUCACCAAGCCUAGCAGAAGAAAAUCAGGCUGUAUCGGACACGCCGCGUCUGUAUAUCAGAAUCCGGCGUCCAAAGCCGCAAACUGAUCCUGUGAAGGACGAAGGUAACACACCGGAAGUCGAGCCGAAGGAAGAGGAGUCACCAAACCUAGCAGAAGCAAAUGAGGCUGUAUCGGACAGGCCGCGCCCGUAUAUCCGAAUCCGGCGUCCAAAGCGGCAGACUGAUCCUGUGAAGGACGAGUAUUCCGAUGCUGGCAAAUCACAGGAGAAAGAGGGGGAUGAGGACAGUUAUCGGGAGGAUAGCUCUUCCGAGAGUAGCGAUGAGUCGGCCGAUGAAUACAUACCUCCACGCAAGCGCCAGCGUCUUCAAGCCAACCCGUCCUCGCGUGUCCUCCGCUCCUCCAAGGGAGUGCAGACAAAUAAUUGAUUGCACCUGUGUUACUACUAUACAAGUGAAAUGGUU